UGAAGCAACGAGUUCUUGAGAAACAGUCUCAUCAGCUGUAUUUGGGAAAAAAAGAACUGAAUUUGAUUGUCACAGAGCCUGAAACAGCUGCUGAAGAGGAGACACUUGAAGAAAAAUUAGUUCCUGCAAAGGCUCUGGAUCCCGUGAGCAACAUUGAAACAAAAGUUGAUGCAGAAGCCUUGCAGAAAGCAGAGAGUGUUCUUCCGAACAAUGAACCACAGGAGGAAGCUAGCUCUGCGGAGAACAUCGCAGAAAAGCCUGCAGAGACCUCACCUUCGGUGGUGUUUGACAACAUACAAGGAUGCAGUCCAAAAUGCUUCCGUAUGCUGUUAGAGAACGUCAGUGGCCUGUCAGUAGAUGAUGACUUCACUGUGGAAGUGAUACCUGAAAUAAAUGCUGCCGUAGCUACCUUUAUAAAAAGUAUCGAUACUGAAGAAUUUGUCAAAAAAUGUUCAGAAAACAACAGAAUUAAAGAAUUCAAAAUGACUGCCAGGCUUCUUGAAUUGACUCAGAGCAUCAAGGCUGAAAACAUACCGGAGACCGUUUCCACAGACUACAUCACCGUUUACUUUGAGAGUGUGCGGAACGGAGGGGGGCCCGUGCUGGAAGUCCAGCUCUUCCCUGACGAGAACUCGGCCAUCAUUACUUUCUGUGAUCACAAAGAUGUGAAAACUGUCUUAGAAAAGCAGCAUUUACUGGAGGAGACACAGAUUUCUGUGCAUCCAUAUUACCACUCCCUAGGAACAGCUCUCUAUGGAGAAGAAAGACCAACUAUCAAGAUGCCAGACCCCGUUAGGGUGCCACUAGAUCCGUAUGUCUGGCAGUUUUUACAAGGGCAGCCUCAGCUGAUCCAAGACAUAAACCAGAAAAUGGCAAUUUGCCAUUGUGAGCUAAAAUGGCCAGAGACAGACUGUGCACAGCCAGAAAUUACAUUGUGCCCGUCAUCAUCUCUCUCCAAGCAGAAAAAGCCAAUGAUCAAGUUGAUCAAGACAUGGAAGCAAGAUGCUUCUACUGAGUUCUCACGUAUCAUGUCAUGUUACAUAGCUAUAAAGUGUAAAGUAAACUCAGUGGAUUGGGAAGAGGUGAAAAACAGAUUGGUGAAAGAUGUUGCUUUGAUCAUAACUGAUAUUUCUGAGGAGAUGGUGGUGAUUGCAGGCAACAGAGCAGCAGUGGACAGUGCAGAGAAAGAAGUGAGGGAAUGCAUGGAAAAAGCCAUGAAAGAAAGUGAAAGGGAAAAACAAAGCAUAGAAAUUUCAGUGCCAGUGGUCCCAGGGAAGUAUGCCAUUCUGCACAAUGCUGGGCUAGAAGAGAAUAUUCACAAAGAAUAUCCCUGCUUAAAGAUCUUUUAUGACGACACAAAAAACACUUUUCAGUUGUGUGGGUUACCUGCAGAAGUAUAUAAAAUCAAAGCUGACUUACUGGAAAAGGUAUUGAACAUGCCAUGUACAUCAGUUCCCAUUGAUCCUCGUGUUUUCUGCUAUCUACGGCACGUAGAUAAUAAAACAAUGUCAGAGACAUUAUUCAUUAGUGAAAAAAUUAAUGCUUUUUAUGAGCUUGAGAAUGAUACUGUGUUGCUAUUUGGAGAUGCUCCCCAAGAUCUUUUAGAAGCAGAAAAGCAAAUAACGGCAGGCUUAGCAUAUCAGUGUGUCAAUGUGGAGGACAGUGAGGUCAUUAAAAAGGAGCAGUGGAGGAGUCUUCUUGCCUCCUUGCGUGAGAAGCACAAUUCUUCCCAGGAAACUCUACUCAUUGAUGAACCUGUGGGAAAAGAAAAUACCAUUAUUAUUUCUGGCUUUUCUAAGGCUGUAACAGAAGCUUAUCAGCAAAUUAGUGAUUUUGUAGAUAGAAACAUAAACGUGGAAAAAGUAAUCCCGGCUAAGUCAGUGGUGGCAGUGCGGUUUGUAGAGAAAGAAAAAACCAAUGUUUAUCAUCCACUGAAGAAGAAAGGUGUGACAGUAUAUUUUAACACCAAGACACCAUCUAUUUCCCUGAGUGGACCAAGAGCAGAAGUGCCCAAAGCAGUGACCGUGUUUGAAAAAAUUCUCUCAUCCCUUUACUUGAAAAAUGUGCCAAAUGAUAAACCAGGAGCCAAAGAGAUCUUCAUUGAGAGGAUGGAGUCGUACAUUUUUGAGGCAAAGCAGAAAUUUGACUGUUUGAUUAGGUUGGAAGGAGAAGAAGAGCAGCAACAACAACGGAAGAGUGAAGUAGUUGUUGAUAAAGAGAAAAGAAAGCUCUACUACAAGAAAAUGAUGAUAGAUGGAGUUAUAGUAGCAGUGUAUAAAGGUAACUUGGGUAAUUACCCAGCUGAUGUUGUGGUGAAUGCAUCUGAUGAAGACUUAAAACACAUUGCUGAGGUGCUGUUAAAAGCAGCUGGUCCAGGGUUGAAACAGGAGUGUGACGAGCUGGUGAGGAGGAACGGGAAUUUGCAACCUGGGUGUGCUGUUAUCACUGGUGCUGGGAAACUCCCCUGCAAGAAUGUCAUCCAUGCUGUUUGGCCCAAGUGGAGCAAGAAUGAAGCAGACAAGUGCACAUCCUUGUUAAAAAAGACAGUGAAGAAAAGUCUACAGCUAGCUGAAACAUACAAUUAUCGUACUAUAGCUCUGCCCGCAGUAAGCGGAGGGGUUUUUGGCUUCCCGCUGCAGACGUGUACACAUUCAAUUUUAUCUGCCAUCAAGGAGGCCUUGAAAGAAUCCAUGGGGGAGGGCAGCUUGAAGGAGAUUCAUCUUGUGGAUGAUGCAGAAGAAACAGUUCAGGCUCUGAGUGAGGCAGCAAGAAAAGUGUUUGCAGUUAAAUUACCCUCCCUGCCACAUGUGAUGCCAUGCUUCGAAGACUUGAAGCUGAGAGAAAGCCAGAAGGAGAAGAGAAAGGAUCUGCGGAUGAUUAUGACAAAUGAAGGGCUUCGCAUCCAAAUAGAGGAGAAAAACAUUCAGGAAGCCACGACGGAUGUUAUUGUCAACAGUGUUGGCACAGAUCUGAAGUUUGGCGUGGGACCUCUUUGCAAAGCUUUGCUAGAAAAGGCUGGACCAGCACUCCAAGUAGAGUUUGACAAACAAAGAAGGGGUGCUGGUCAAGGGAGUGUGGUCUGCACCAGUGGAUGCGCUCUGACCUGCAAGUCUGUGUUUCAUGCCAUAGUUCCUAUAUGGGAUGGAGGAAAAGGACAGGCUCUGAAGGACUUAGAAGAUAUAAUCAAUUUCUGCUUGAGGAGAACUGAAGAGCUUGGACUGAAAUCAAUCACUUUCCCCACUAUAGGAACUGGAGGAUUUGGAUUUCCUAAAAUGGUUGUUGCUAAGUUAAUGUUUGAUGUGGUAUUCAAGUUCAGUAGUACUCACCCUCAGAAGACUCUCCAGGAAGUUCAUUUUCUCUUGAAUCCGAAAGAUAUAGAUAACAUUCAGGCUUUUACUGCUGAACUAGAACAUAGAGUAGCUGGAAGUUCCGGUGCUGCAGCAUCACCACAGCCAAGUGUCGUUAGGCCUCGUUCACCUGAACUACUGAAAGUUACUGAAAAGCAGAUUGGUUCCAUUACACUCCAAGUAGUUUGUGGAGAUAUUACCAAUGAAGAUACAGAGGUUAUUGUAAACAUAGCAAAUUCACUAUUUGAUGCCUCAUCAGGGGUCUUCAAAGCAAUUAUGGAUGCUGCUGGUUCCGAAGUACAAAGAGAAUGUAAUCAAUAUGCUGGGCAGCUUGGAAAUGACUUUAUUACCACAAAAGGUGGAAAACUGUUGUGCAGUAAAAUCAUCCACUUAAUUCACAACGACGGCGUGAAGAAUCAGGUCUCCAAAGUGCUUAAGGAAUGUGAGCUAAGGAUGUACAAAUCUGUUGCCUUCCCAGCAAUUGGAACAGGUCAAGCAGGACAGAGUCCAGCGAAGGUAGCUGAUGACAUGUUGGAUGCUAUAGUGGAAUUUGCAAGCAAAAAAUCAGUACAGCAUUUGAAAAAAAUUAGAAUCGUCAUCUUCCAGAUAAAUAUGCUCAAAGACUUCGCCGAAAGCCUGAAGAAAAGAGACUAUUCAGAUUCAUCCACAACAGGUUCGUGGAUUUCUACAUUUAAAUCAUUGUUUUGGAGCAGAAAACAACCCACUGAGACGAAAAAGCCCAUGGUUUUGGAAAAGAAAGUUUAUUUAGCCACAUUUCAAAUUUGUGGAGAAAGCCAAAAAAAUGUGGAUGCAGCUGAGUCUUGGAUAAAUAAUUUAAUUUUAAAGGAACAGUUGGAAAACAAUAUUUCAGAUGAGCUAAUUGAAAACUUUGAUGAGAGGCAAAUUGAUGCUUUGGCAGAUCUCCAGAGAAAAAAGCUUGUUUCCAUUGAGCUUGAAAAUAAGCUUUCCCCCCCUCACAUUAAAAUUUCUGGUGUUAGCAGGGAUGUCUGUUGUGUUUAUGUGGAAGUUCAAAAAAUUAUCCAAAAAAUUAAAGAUACUCAAGAAGAACGAUCCAAGGCAGAGCUUGUUUAUAACCUGGUAGAAUGGAGGUAUCCAGGAAGCAAUGAUAGCUUUGUUUCUUUUGAUAAACUUACAAAUAUGCAUCUGGAGGAUGCAAAAAUAGCUAAAAAACCACAUCUUGUUGUCAAAAUUAACAAGAAGAACUACAAGGUGGAUCUGAAUACUCUACAGGCUACUGAUGACCAAGGAAAAACUACAAACGUUCAACGUGUGCCAAAGAAUGAAGAUAAGCAGUCAAUAGAGCUCCCUAAGCACUGGGAAGACAUGCAGAACGAACGGGUCAAACUGGUGAAUCUCAAGCCAUCAAGUCAGGAAUAUCUGGAUGUUCAGAACAAAUUUUCUAAAACCUGUCCCAGCUUUGUCAUAGAGAAGAUUGAAAGAAUACAAAAUCCCUUCCUCUGGCAGACAUACCAAAUAAAAAAAAACUCUCUGUCUACAAUGAACAAAAAUCAAAAUAAUGAGAAGUUGCUGUUUCAUGGGACAGCUGUAUCCUCAUUGAACACGAUCAACUACAAUGGAUUUAAUCGUGGCUUUGCUGGAAAGAAUGCUGCAAGCAUUGGAAAAGGAACCUACUUUGCUGUUGAUGCAAGUUACUCUGCUCAGGAUACUUAUUCCAGACCAGAUACGAACGGCAAAAGAUACAUGUACUUGGCUCGGGUCCUCACUGGGCAGUACUGUGCUGGGAGUGGAGGACUAAUCACUCCACCACCAAAAAACCCAGCGGAUCCUACUGACAUGUAUGACAGCGUGGUUGACAAUGUGAAAAAUCCAACGAUGUUUGUCGUAUUUAGUGACAUUCAGGCAUAUCCCGAACACCUUAUUACUUUCAGAAAAUAG